CAUCAAUUCGGAUCAGUGAGGGGUCCAUUCCAAACUCGUUGAUCCUUCCCCCCUCGCUUUUCCUCCUCGUCGUCUUCUUCGUCUUCUUCUUCAAAACCCUAAAACACUCACAUCCUCCCAAUUACAUUUAUAUAUUUAUAUAAAACCCUGACCCUCACCAUUGCUAUGAACCUUCCACCUACAAAACCCACUCCGCCACCUCCGAACCCCGCCACCAUAAAAGGCGAAUGUACAAACUGCAGCUCGAAGGAGCGAUGGCUCUUCCACCGCGUUCUGGUUCGCGGCGUGGAUCGACGCCUUUGCACAUCGUGCGUCCUGCGGCUUCACCCCUCAUGCUUCUGUCCCUCAUGCUUCGAAUUCUACGAGCAUCCUCUCUCCACCACGUCAUCAGCCUCAGCGCACCGUUUCAUAUCGUGCAUCAAAUGCUCCUCCCUCACACACCUCCAUUGCCUCCCUUCUCCUUCACCUCCUCCUUCUUCGUUCCUCUGUCCACCAUGCUCCAUACCUAACUUCUCCUUCUUCCCCAUUCCCGAUUCCAACUCCAAUUCCAAUUCCAAUUCCAAUUCCCUCAUCGAUAAAAACCUCGCCCUCGUGCUCCUCUGUGCCUCCAAGAUCGCUUCCGCGUCCAUGGCCAAAGCCCUAGGCAUGGCCAGAGCCAGGGCAGAUAGGACUGUUCGCGAGGCUGCGGUGGCGAGGAAGAGGGCCAAGGAGGCUUUGGACCAUUGCUCUGCGGUUGAUAAGGUUAAGCGUGUUGAGGGUUCCCUUGAGGUUUCUGGGUCGAGGAAUUUGGGAAUGGGAAUGGGAACUAAUCAUCAUAAGGUGGUUAUGUGCAAAAAAGAGGACUUGAAGAAUGGUUUUAUAGGAAGAGGAGAGGGUAACAUUAAGGAGGUUUUGCCUAAGAAUAAUGGCUUGUCUGUGCCUGUUAACAAAAUUGGGGCUAAUGGAAAUCCUAAGCCUGGAAAUGAUAGCAAGUUAGGGAAUCUUGAACAAGAUUUGGAGCGUGUACGGAGUUGCCAUGGUAGGAUUGUUGAUGUUAGUUCUACUACAUGAUCUCUUAACAUUCUCUGGAAACCAUUCAGACUUGUCAAGAUAGACAAAGACAGUGACGGUUUCUGGAGUUAGUGCUGUGGAAUUCUGAGCAAGAAAACAUUUGACUUGUUUCAGGAUGUUUUUUUCCCAAAGCCAUUCUCGCAAAUACCUUAUACAUGAAAUGUAUCCAUUCCAUUCCCUUGUAAAGCCUCCGUACUAAUGUGACUAUGCAAUUCUAUUGUAUUUUAACUCCCCGGCUGUAAUUACGUUAUGCACAUUGUUUAUUUUUUUUGCUGUUAGUGAGUAUCAGAUGCUAGUCUAUUCUUAUUCUUUUUCUUUUAUUUCUUUAGUGACUAUCAGGAUUCAGGUGUCAGAUUCUUCACAAUGACUUUGGUUAUCUGGGAUUUUGAUAACUGUAA